AGCUUGAACUGGACAUGUUUUUACCAUUCAACACCUUCCAUAUUGCAGAUUUGGGUUGUUCGGUUGGGCCUAAUACAUUUUUUUCUGUUGAAAAUAUACUUGAAGCUGUGAAAUUUGAGUAUCAAAGCGGAGGGCCGAGUUCUGAAGUCCCCAAAUUUCAAGUUUUCUUCAGUGAUAAAACCCUAAAUGAUUUUAACAUACUCUUCAAUUACCUCCCUCAGAACAGGAACUAUUAUGCAGCGGGUGUGCCAGGUUCUUUCCACGGUCGCUUGUUUCCCAAGGCUUCCAUUAACUUUUUUCACUCUUCAUUAGCCCUUCAUUGGCUUUCUAGGGUACCAAAAGAUGUAAUGGACAAAAACAGUCGUGCUUGGAAUAAAGGACGAAUCCACUACUCAAAUAACCAAGACGAAGUAUUGAAGGCAUAUCAAUCUCAAUAUGCUGAGGACAUGGAUUGUUUCCUCCGUGCCAGAGCACUUGAGACUGUGCAUCGAGGAUUGAUUGUGCUUAACCUAUUAGGACUCCCCAAUGAUAUCCCUCAGUCUCAUCACUUAAUUGGAAAUUUGGCUAUUGACAUUUUAGGAUCUUGCCUUGUGGAGAUGGCUAGGAAGGGGGUAAUUAGUGAAGAAAAAGUGGAUUCAUUUAACAUGCCUUGCUAUUUCGCAUCUCCCCAAGAACUGGAAAUCAUUGUGGAACGAAAUGGAUGUUUUAGCACAGAGAUAUUGGAAGCCUUACCACAGCAUGUCUCGAAACAUGGCACUCCCAGUGCUCCAACUUUUAGAGCUAUCACAGAGGGACUCAUCACGCAACAAUUUGGAGAAGAAAUCUUAGGUGUUCUCUUCAGCUUGUAUCAGCAGAAACUUGAAGAGCAAAUCUCAAUAGCUGAGUCAAAGAAGUCAGCUGUCAUUUUUGUUGUGCUUAAACGCAAGACAAAUUGAUUUGAACAUGCAUUGUUUUAUUCUUGAAAGCGCUUUCAGUUAUUUUAAACACAUGUCUAAACGAGCUCUUAAUCAUUUGGUAUUGAAGAGUAGAUUUUAAGUGA